GUAUGUGAAAUGUGAUCGAGCAGUUCUGCAUGUCAACUUGAGCGUGUGCCUUAUCCUGGCUUAUGUUGUCUUCCUGCUAGGUGUGCACAGAACUGACAGCGAGGUCGGCUGCAAAGUUGUUGCGGCACUACUUCACUUCCUGUUCCUGGUCGUGUUUUUUACAAUGCUAUGUGAAGGCAUCGAAGUUUUCAAAUCAGUGACUUUUGUAUUUACUUCAGAUUCCAUAAUACGUCAGCUACUUUUAAUUUCAUAUGGUGAGUCAGCCUUUUUAUGGCAAUGUUGGCUGUCAGUUGACGAUGGACUCAUCUGGGCAUUUGUGGCUCCUGCUCUCUUAGUCAUAGUGAUAAACCUGAUAAUUUUAAUCCGAGUGUUGAGAAUCAUGCAACACUCAAAUCUCAUGAUGGUGAAAACAGCACAGCAGAGAACAAAGUCCGUGGUUAGAACCAUCUGUGUAUUAUCCCCCCUGCUAGGCAUCACCUGGGUAUUCGGUGUGCUCUCAGUCAGCAAGGACACGGUGGUGUUCCAGUAUCUGUUUGCCAUUUUCAAUUCACUGCAG